AUGGAUGUCCUUAUUCGAAAACGUGGAUCAUUUAAGGCAAAGGUCACUCAUUUUGAAAAAUACGUCGCAAAUUUGGAAAACACGUAUCCAGACAAAAUCGUGUCGGAUCGCGUUGCAUUUUUAGACUUGGAAACGCGUUAUGAACGGUUUUCACAGGUUUUUGAUGAAUUUGAGUUAGUGCAAAACGAAAUCGAAGAGUCUUGUGAUCUUGCUUCGGUAAAUUCGCAGUAUGAGGAACGCGAAAUUUUUAAUAAUGCUUAUUUUAGGUUGAUGGCUAAGGCUAAAUCAUUUCUUGCGGAUGAUAGCGUAGAUAACGUGAAAAGUAGUGGUAGGUCCGUUGCGGGUUCGGUAGCCACGCAAAAUACAAAUAUUUCGCAAACUUUGGUUCAGGAUUUUAAACGAGUUAAACUUCCGACCAUCGAGAUUCGCACUUUCACAGGUGAAUACGGUAAGUGGUUAGAGUUCCGUGAUACCUAUGUAUCGUUAAUUCACGAAAAUGAUGCCUUAUCGGACAUACAAAAAUUUCAUUAUUUAAGAUCAUUUUUGGCGCCUAAAGUGUUGGAAGUUAUCGCGAGUUUAGGGUUUACAGGGACAAAUUACGAGGCUGCGUGGAACUUAAUUUACGCUCGUUAUAAUAAUAACAAAAUUUUGAUUCAAAAUCAUCUUCGCGGUUUAUUCACGUUAGACAAGAUUCAGGAAGAAUCUCCUUCGGUGCUAAGAGACCUAGCAGAUAAUGUGGAUAAGCAUAUAAGAUCUUUAAAUGCUCUUGGGGAAGACACCACUAAUUGGGACACCUUGUUAAUUUAUCUCGUUUCGUCUAAAUUAGAUUCCAUGUCACUAAAAAGUGGGAAAGUGCCAAAGUUUCGGCACAACGUGUUGUUGCACAUAAAUCGAGAAAAGGCGGCGGAAACGACCGCUGCUGCCGCUGCUACCAGUUCCUCUACUACAGAAAAGGAGGAAACUGCGAAUUGUAGCUUCGCUUCGCAUAAAAAUGAUGGUGUUCUUUUGUCAACUGCGGUAGUUAGGGUCUUGGGAAAAAACAAUAAAUGGUUUACAGCACGCGCUUUAUUGGAUCCUGGAUCGCAGAGGUCGUUGCCCAAUUUCAAGGUCGACAGUCAAAAUUUGAAUAUUCCUGCAAAUGUUUCGUUGGCAGAUCCUACAUUCUGCACAAGUGGUCCUGUUGACAUGCUGAUUGGAGCCGAUUCCUUCUGGGAUUUGUUAUGUGUAGGCCAGAUCAAACUAGGGCCCAAUGGACCAUUUUUGCAGAAAAGCAAACUCGGAUGGAUAGUGUCAGGAAAGGUGGCUCGGCUAAAUAACUUGGAGGGUACAACAGUUUGCAAUUUUGUUAAAACUGAGCAAAUAGAUAGGCAGUUAUCGCGGUUUUGGGAAAUAGAGGAAGGCGUGGUUAGAAAACCACAAUCUGUCGAGGAAAUUGCCUGUGAGAAACAUUUCGUCGAUACGUUUUCUCGAGCGGCCAAUGGAAGUUUCGUUGUUUCAAUGCCUCUCAAGGGCAGCCUAAGCCAGCUCGGCGAAUCGUAUAAUGCAGCCAAAAAGCAAUUUCUAUCCUUGGAACGAAAAUUCGAGCGCGAUCAUGAGUAUCGUGAUUUGUAUCGUGAUUUUGUCAAUGAGUAUCGACGCCUAGGACAUAUGACAAAAGUGUCCGAUCCUAGUGCAUCUCAGUUUUCGUUUUACCUUCCUCACCAUGGUGUUCUGAAGUUGUCCUCGUCUACUACCAAACUUCGAACUGUUUUUAAUGCCAGUGCCAAAACCACCAGUGGUUGCUCGCUAAAUGAUGUUUUGAUGUACGUUUUGGCGGCUGAUAUUGAGAAAAUGUAUCGUAUGGUGUGGAUCGAUCCUAGUCAGCGGUGCCUGUUACGAAUCCUGUGGCGUGACAGUCCAGACGAAGAUAUCGAGGUGUACGAGUUGAACACUGUUACAUAUGGGACUUCAUCGGCGGCUUUCUCGCCAUUAGUUGCCAACACAAUAAAGAAUCAUUUUUAUGUCGAUGAUGUGAUAACUGGUGGGGAUACUAUUGAAGAUACCCUGAGUUUAGCUAACGAACUUUGUAAAGUUCUAAAAGGUGGUGGUUUUCUUCUUCGCAAGUGGGUGUCAAACGAACCCUCUAUACUCAAGGAAAUCGAAUCUGCAGAUAACAAUGGAGUAGUUGAUAUUGGUUGCAUGGAGAACAACAAAACAUUAGGUAUGCGUUGGAACGGCGAAGGAGAUCAUUUUUUCUUUUCGAUUGGAAAUCAGUCAAGUUCCAAGGUCACCAAAAGAAUCGUAUUGUCAGAAAUCUCUCAAAUUUUCGACCCUCUUGGUCUCCUUAGUUGUUGCGUAAUCUUGGUAAAGAUUUUUCUUCGUGAUCUUUGGUUGGAAAAGUUAGAUUGGGACGAUGCCCUUUCCCAGCAAUUAUAUACAAGAUACUUACAGAUUCGUAAUGAUUUAAGAUUUUUGAACAAUUUGAAAAUUGAUAGGAAAGUCAUUUGUAAGAAUGCAAAGCUUGUAGAGCUGCAUGUAUUUUCGGACGCGUCGUCUUAUGCUUUGGGAAGCUGUGUUUAUAUUCGAACGAUCGAUAAUCAUGGUAAUAUUUUUGUCAAGCUUUUGUGCGCUAAAUCAAAGGUUGCUCCCUUAAAAAUACAGACAGUCCCGCGUCUCGAGCUUAUGGCAGCUGUGUUAGCUGCACGUCUCUGUGAAAAGGUUCGGCAAUCCAUGGAAAUUGAGUUUAAUAGCAUCACAUUUUGGACCGACUCGACGAUAGUUUUGGGCUGGAUAAACACCUCUCCGCAUUUGUUGCAAGUUUUCGUCGCCAAUAGAGUUAAUUCGAUCCAAGAGCUCACAAAUAUUGAAAAUUGGAGGCAUGUGCGAACCCAGGACAAUCCAGCUGAUUGUGUGUCACGUGGCAUGAAGCCUCAGGAGUUGUUAGAGUUCGAAAUGUAUUGGUCAGGACCAGAUUGGCUUCGAGAAUCCAUAGAAAGCUGGCCUGAGCCUCUUGUAGUGUCCAGAUCUAACGAGUUGCCUGAAUUAAAAAGGGUCGUUGUUGCAAAUACAUCUACGUUAGACUCUGAGUUUAUAGAUUUGUCUAGGUUUUCCAAUUUAACUCGAUUGGAACGAGUGAUUGCCUACUGUAUUCGUUUUAUAAAUAAUUGUCGUAGAAAAGAGGAUGAAAGGUUAUCGAGUUCUUUAAGUUGUGAUGAAAUAAGUCAUGCGUCCUUAGUAUUAGCUAGGUUGUCACAACGUCAAUCAUUUUCCGAAGAUCUUGUAACAUUGUCCAAGCAAGGGCAAGUUAGUAAUAAAAGUAAAUUAAUAAAGCUUCAUCCAUUUUUAGAUGAAAACGGUUUAAUUCGUGUCGGCGGACGUUUAAACAACUCAGAUUACGUAUAUGAGAAAAAACAUCCUAUUGUGUUGUGUUCAAAACAUGUUUUUACUAGGCUUUUAUUCGCUCGUGAACACAAACGGCUACUGCAUGCUGGCCCACAGCUCUUAUUAGCUGUUAUUCGGGAAAAUUAUUGGCCCAUAGCAGGACGUAGUUUAGCUCGUAAAGUUUUCCAUCAAUGCGUAAUUUGUUUUCGAAAUUGUCCCAAAGAAAUUAGCCCGGUGAUGGGUGAUUUACCAAAGCGGCGGGUCACACCAUCUCCUCCAUUUUACGUAACUGGCGUAGACUACGCUGGUCCCUUCCUAAUCAAGGAUAGACAGGGACGCGGCUGUCGCACUUCAAAGGCUUAUAUUGCGGUGUUUGUAUGCUUUGCCACAAGGGCUCUGCAUUUAGAGUUGGUAAGCGCUUUAACCACAGAAGCCUUUCUAGCUACUUUGAAACGCUUUGUAGGUCGGCGGGGAAAACCUGCACAAAUGUACUCAGACAACGGUACAAAUUUCCAAGGAGCUUAUAAUGAGUUAUCUAAAUUAGCGAAUUUUUUACAGAAUAAUGCAAAUUCAAUUGUCGAAGCUAUCGAGAAUAAAGGCAUCUCAUGGUCAUUCAUUCCGGCUAGUUCUCCACACUUUGGUGGGUUGUGGGAAUCGGGCGUGCGAACGGUCAAAUAUCAUUUGAAACGUGUUGCGGGAAACGCAUUAUUAACUUUCGAGGAUCUGAGUACGCUAUUGAUAGAAAUUGAGGCUGUCCUCAACUCGCGUCCCAUGAGUCCUUUAUCUUGUGAUCCCUCUGAUUUGACACCUUUAACUCCCUCCCACUUUUUGAUUGGCCGACCUAUGGAAUCCGUACCAGAUAGAGAUUACACGGCAGUACCAACCAAUCGCUUAUCCCACUUUCAACGAAUUCAGCAAAUGAAAGGACAUUUUUGGACCAGAUGGUCGUUGGAAUACAUAUCCGAAUUGCAGAAAAGGCAGAAGUGGACAACGCAACAAGGCCUACUUGAGGCCAACGAUUUGGUGUUAGUCAAGGAGGACCACCUGCCUCCCUCCAAUGGUUGCUUGGACGAAUAG